AUCGUGCCACCUUUGUUGUAAUGACCACUGCACUCUAUGAAAAGACAACUCGGUCGAUCACGUUAACUUCAACCAGUUGUAGGUAAUUAAAAACAGCUGUGCUUGGAAAUUGAUUUAAAUUCUUUAGAAAUUAGAAAAAGCUGUGGUUAAAUAGAUUUUUUCUAUCGAUGAACGGAAUUUUUUUUAAACAUUGAAAAUACCCGAGUGCUUCCGAGAGAAUUCUGCACGAAUUAUCUAUUUCCUGUCGGUGGUCAUCUACAACGCAUCUACAGCGCAGUGUCAAAUUACGCGGGAUUGCUACAUGUAUUUAAGGAUAUUAACCACAUAAAGGAGGAUUUAAUUUCAUCCUUUUUAGUAAGGCGAUUUUUUACCUUCCUCUCUGACCUCAUUUCUAGCGGAUAUCAUGUCCGUCUCAAAAAGUUUUCCAACAAAGUCAUCAAAGAUUCUCGUUCUCGCUUUUUUAACGAUUUUAGCAUACCUUGUGUUUACAACCAACAAUGGUUCAAAUGUUAUUCCUCCACGCAUUCUUCCAAAGAAACAGCAUACUUUUGAUUCAAAGGUUUUUUCAAAUGUUAUUCCUCCACGCAUUCUUCCAAAGAAGCAACAUACUUUUGAUAUAAAGGUUGCUAACAGAUACAAGAAAUAUUUGCGACCGUUCACGCCUGGAUUAGAUAAAAAUUGUGUUUUAACUUUGCCCAGAAAAUAUGUCGGGGAAGAGGACAUGCCAAUAAUAAUUCCUCCGGAAAGUGAAAUGAAGUCACUUUCUCUUGACGCCAUUGCCUGUAUUUAUCAUCGUUACGUCACAUCACUUCAAACUCAGUGCGCCUCCAUGGACCGUGUAGGUGAAAUACAGCGAAAGGGAUGGUACAUUUGCGCCGACCCGACUUAUGUUCCGCGCAAACCAUGUACAACAUUUUUGUCUAACAAUAUUUUUCCUGAAAACAUGUUCUCUGGAGAUUUAAAAUUAAGAUACGGUUGUGACAUAUACAAGACCCCACUGUGGUUGAAAACAUCGUUAAAGUCUUGGAAAAAUGAAACGAAUAUACCUAUAAAUGACGUUAUCGAUAUACUUAUAUUAAGUAUUAAUGGCAUAUCAAACUUACCACUUAUUGAUCAUAUUGUAAAUGAGAAAUCCAUAAGUCAAGUACGACAACUACUGUUGGAGUUACACUUUAACCCAAGUCACAUGAGUAUCGAGGACUACGCCCAGGUCUUACUUCGCUUAAAGAAGCUACACAAAUAUGGAUUCAGAAUAGUGUGGUUUGACCGAAUUUUCCAAUGUGCCACUCCGAAAUUUAAUAAGUGUUACGCGGUAUAUUUUGUGCAAGAAAGUUUUAAAGAUAAGACAAAGAAUUUGGAGGUAGUGAAUUUGCCAUCAGUUGAAGAAAUUAAAGGAAUGGAGAGCACAAAAAGUUCAGAUUUGUACUUCAAGUAUCUUCAAACAACCCAAAUAUUCUGUCAGAAUAUAUUUAGAAUGGGACAGAUUGUAGAUGGUGGAUGGGAUGUUUGUCAUGAUCAUAUGGUAAAAUACACUCAACCAUGUAUAGUAUACUCGUUCGGUGUGUCAGGUGACUUAACCUUUGAUGACGAAGUUUCAGAAACAUACCAUUGCGAUGUGUUUUCUUUUGACCCAACAACUGUCUUCCCGACCCACCAGCACGGACCAAACGUUUGGUUCUAUAGAAUAGGAAUAGGAAAUCAGCACGAAAAGUUCAAAGCUGGCUAUGUCGCACCACUGCAGGAACUUCGAGAAAUGCAUAACCACACAUCUUCUCCAAUUGCUAUUCUCAAAAUCGAUGUUGAAGGUGCGGAGUGGCCAAGUUUACCUAAUAUGAUUGAAACACGCCAGCUUGAAGAUGUUGCACAAUUGUAUUUGGAAUUUCAUGGUCAAGGAGACAAAGAAAAUGAACUAGUUGUGUUGAAAAUGUUGUAUGAUGCUGGGUUCCGCAUUUUUUGGUUCCAUCCUAACCCUAAUUGCCUUUAUGAUAAAAAGAUUCGAACACGCUCAAGAUGUAUGGAAGUAUAUUUCAUAAACACUAGUCUCAAAAAGAAGGUUUGAAUGAAAGAGUUGUAUGAAGAAUAAAUAUUUUGAUGUUAUAAAGAAGACAAAAUUAAAAUACUUUUUAAAGAAACAGUUUGUUUAUCUCAUAUUUUAAAUUGAUGGAGAUUGAUUUAAUUUUUUAAAGAAAAUUUCAUUUUUUCCAGAGAUGUUACAUGUAGGAAAUACGUUUGAGGUGUGUUCGGGCUCUGACUGUUCCAAUUGUUUGUUAUAAUUGCUUAAGCAUUUUGUGUCUGUAAAUCCGGAACGGAAAAAUAUAUGGCAUUAUAUGUUUUUGCAUCGGUAUGAAAUAUUUACAACGCAAUAAGUUAUAGAAUGCUAUUUUGGCAACUAUGAAGGACGAAUAUGUGAUAUAUAUUUAAAUCUAAAAUUUGAAAACAAAUCUCCGAAAUAUCUUUCAUCAGCCUUCAAACAAAAUUUAUUAAAUUAAUAUGACUGACAGUGGACAU